GCCGGAAAAGGUUGGUUAGGUUCUGUGGAACUGGGUAACUGAGGAAUGUGAUCGCUGAAAUUGGUAGGACAGUGGAUGAAAAGCGAUGGACAAGCUGCUGUUGUCGAAAGGAUACCAGCUGGGGAACACCAUCGGGGAGGGAACUUACUCCAAAGUCAAGGAAGCUUACAGCAAGCGCCUGCAGACCAAAGUGGCCAUUAAAAUCAUCAACCAGCGGACUGCGCCCAAGGAUUUCAUUCAGAAGUUUCUUCCGCGCGAGUUACAAAUCGUGAAACAUCUGGACCACAAGAACAUUAUUAAAGUCCACGAGAUCUGUGAGACGGAUGAUGGCCACAUCUAUAUCGUGAUGGAGCUGGCGGAGGGCGGCGACAUUCUUGAACACAUCAGGAGGGAGGGUCCGCUCCCGGAGUCUCUGGCCAAAACCCUGUUCCGCCAGCUGGCCCAGGCUAUCCGCUACUGCCACGACUGCGGCAUCGCACACCGGGAUCUCAAGUGCGAGAACACACUGCUCGACAAAAGCUUCAACGUAAAGUUGGCCGACUUCGGUUUCGCCAAGUACUUCCGCAGCGGCACGGGGGAGCUCAGCAAGACCUUCUGUGGGAGCACCGCGUACGCAGCGCCAGAGGUUCUGCAGGGGGUCCCACACGAUAGCGUCAAGAGCGACAUUUGGAGUAUGGGCAUCGUUUUGUACAUCAUCCUAUGCGGGCACCUGCCCUUUGACGACUCCAACAUCCCUAAGAUGUUGUGGCUCCAGCAGAACGGGGUGGUGUUUCCGCAGCAACUGGAACUGAGCCGGGAUUGCCGCGACCUGGUGGGGCGGCUGCUGGAGCCUGACUCCAACCUGAGACCUCUGAUCCAUGACGUCUGCUUCCAUCCCUGGUUAGCAGACACACAAUAAAGGUGCUCUUCACAGUGGUGCUUUACAUUUUUAUAGCAGGUGCAGUGGAGUGUGCACUCUGUCUCCGCAGAAGAGGCCGGGACGGCAGGAGCUGCGCCCACUGGCUCUCGCACAAUGCUCGCUCCGCCAGUUCCUGGCUCUCACAGAUAAACAUUUAACAAUAUCGCCAUCCGCUGGAGUGAAUGAUUUCAUUCAUGGGGGUGCGGGGGUUCGGGGGGUGGAGAGGCUGGCGCGGAGGUGGGGGUUCAGGAGACAGCGGAGUUUCCAUCAGACCCUGGAGAGUCAGUGCCACCUGUAAAUACCCACCAGGAGGUAACCGCGGGGGUUAGAACAUGAGUUCCUUGGAACUAAACACUGUCGACAACUGUUCUCUUCUCUGGGAACUCAAGGCACCAAACCCCAGGCAAGGAUCUUCCUAUGGCGUGGUGGGGGGGGGGGGGGUUGGCAGGGUGGCCUGUGAGAGAAAGUCUCCACAGACAUUCACACACAAACCGCACCGACGCUGCCGUUAAUGACUGUGUCCCAGAAGAGGGCAGCAUCUAUCAUUAAGGACCCUCCCCUAUCCUGGACAUGCCUUCUUUGGGGUGGUGGGGAGAGGAGGUGGAGGGUUAAGGUACAGGAACUUGAAGACAUACAACGAUUCACAAACAGCUUCUUCCCCACUAACGGAUUUUUGAACGGCCCAUGAACCCACGUAUUCCUUUUUCCAAUAUUUAUUUAUUUGUUAAUAAACAAUAUGGUUAACACGAGAGGGCACAGUUUCAAGGUGCUUGGAAGAAGGUACAGAGGAGACGUCAGGGGUAAGUUUUUUUUAAAAAGACAGAGAGUGGUGAGUGCGUGGAAUGGGCUGCCGGCGAUGGUGGUGGAGGCGGAUACGACAGCGUCUUUUAAGAGACUCCUGGAUAGGUACAUGGAGCUUAUAAAAAUAGAGGGCUAUGGGUAUCCCGAGGUAAUUUCUAAAGUACCUACAUGUUCGGCACAGCAUUGUGGACCGAAAGACCUGUAUUGUGCUGUAGGUUUUCUAUGUUUCUAUGUUAUAACUUAUUGUAGAUUUUUAUAUCUGGCACUGUACUGCUGUCGCACUUGAUUCUGAUUUGGACACAGACAGCCUGGGCUCCA